AGCGGGAAGAAGUUCCGGAGCAAGCCACAGCUGGCGCGGUACCUGGGGGGCUCCAUGGACCUGAGCACCUUCGACUUCCGCACCGGCAAGAUGCUGAUGAGCAAGGUGAACAAGAGCCGGCAGCGGGUGCGCUACGACUCCUCCAACCAGCUCAAGGUGAGCCGCCCGGGCCUGGCUGCCGCAGCCGCUCAGGGGAGCUGUUUGCCUCGCCAGCCCUGGUCCUGACGGGAAAGCCAUGCUGCUUGCUGGGGCCCAUCUGGGGCUGCGGCGAGCGGGGGGGCACGAGACACAGUGCGAGCAGUCUUGGAGCCACGAGCUCUCUUCUGGGAGAAGAAGCUCAGUGGCCUGAAUGCUUUUGACAUUGCUGAGGAGCUGGUGAAGACCAUGGACCUCCCCAAGGGCCUGCAAGGGGUGGGCCCUGGCUGCACAGACGAGACGCUGCUGUCGGCCAUCGCCAGCGCCCUGCACACCAGCACCAUGCCCAUCACCGGGCAGCUCUCGGCCGCCGUGGAGAAGAACCCUGGGGUGUGGCUCAACACCACACAGCCGCUGUGCAAGGCCUUCAUGGUGACCGACGAGGACAUCAGGAAGCAGGAGGAGCUGGUGCAACAGGUGCGCAAGCGGCUGGAGGAGGCGCUGAUGGCCGACAUGCUGGCUCACGUGGAGGAGCUGGCCCGGGACGGCGAGGCGCCGCUGGACAAGGCGGGCGCGGAGGAGGAGGAGGAGGAGGAAGAAGAGGAGGAGGAGGAGGAGGAGGAGGAGGAGGAGCCAGACCAGGACCAGGAGAUGGAGCACGUCUAGAGAGAGGUGCGGCCACGGCGGGUGCCAGGUGGUGACGCCUGGUGCGACCCACGUCCUCGCCUCUGCUCCCCGGCAGCGCCCCCAGGGCCU